AUGUCUUCUUCGGCUUCAUCAGGCCCGCUUCUCUACUCUUGCGUUGCUCACGGCACCACAAUCCUUUCCGAGCACUCCCCUCCAGGGACUGCAUCCACUAACGCCUCUUCUCUCGCUUCUUUGAUUCUUCCAAAAAUCACCCACGCUUCCGCCCAGAAGCUCACCUACACUCAUGGUGCCCACAACAUCCACUACAUCUCGACGGCGUCGUCGUCCACUAUCCCGCAGGGAUUAACCUUCCUAGUGAUAUCGUCGGCCACAUUCGGUCGGAAAGUCCCAUUCGGCUUCUUACUUGAAAUCCAGCGUCUCUUUACCUCGCGAUACCCUGGCUCCACGAUCGGCGAUGCACCCCCAUACGGAUGUGCCGAAUUCAACUCGGUGCUCAAAUCGACAAUGAACCAGUUUGCCCAGGGCGGAGAGAACGAGGAUGUUGUGCAGAAGGCACAAAGAGAAAUCGACAGCGCUAGGGGAAUCAUGACUGAGAACAUUGAGCGGGUAUUGGAGAGGGGAGAGAGGAUAGAUUUGUUGGUCGACAAGACUGCCGGCCUGCAGACGGGAGCUAUGGAGUUCAGAGUCAGGAGUAGGGGUUUGAGGAGGCGAAUGUGGUGGAAGAACACCAAGUUGAUGAUACUACUGGUCUUUGUGGUCAUCUUCUUGAUCUAUCUUUUUGUUGGGAUGGGAUGCGGGUUGCCGACCUGGGGACGUUGCCGCGCUUAA